AUGGAAAUAAGGAAAGAGAAAAACAAUAUUCGAGCACACAAAUUUACAACAGCAGCAUAGUUUUAUCGCAGCGUUUAUUACCCAACGCCGCGAUAAAAACAAAAGUAACGACUGUUGAACAAACAUGUCUGGUUGCUGCGGCUGCUGCUCCGCUUUGCGUCCGCGCUACAAGCGGCUUGUGGACAACAUAUUCCCCGUCAAUCCCGAAGAUGGUCUGGUCAAGUCCAAUAUGGAGAAGCUGACGUUCUAUUCGCUAAGCUCGCCGGAUAAGCUGGAUCGCAUUGGCGAAUAUCUCUACCAGAAGGCAACCAAGGACAUCAAUCGCAAACGUUACAAGUUGGCCGAGAUUGCCAUGGAGGCUAUGGACCUGCUGCUGCAGGCUUGCCACGCCCAGACAACCCUCAAUCUGUUUGUGGAAUCGUUUUUGCGCAUGGUGCAAAAACUGCUCGAGGACUCGAAUCCGAAUUUAAAAAUAAUGGCUACAAAUUCGUUUGUUAAGUUUGCGAAUAUAAACGAGGACACGCCCUCCUAUCAUCGGCGCUACGACUUCUUCAUCUCAAAGUUCUCGUCCAUGUGCCACAGUGACAGUCAGGAUUUGCGUGACAGCCUGCGACUGGCCGGCAUUAAGGGGCUGCAGGGCGUCAUACGCAAAACAGUGUCCGACGACCUGGUCGAAAAUAUUUGGGAGGCCCAACACAUGGAGAAGAUUGUGCCCUCGCUUCUGUUCAACAUGCAGUCCGGCGACCUCACGCCCAUUGAAGAUGCCGUCAAUGUGACACCGCCUGUGCUGGCCGAGGAGGUGCUGCGCGAACUGGUGGGACGUGCCUCAUUUGGACACAUACGCAGCGUGCUAAAGCCGCUUUUGACGCAUUUGGAUCGUCACGAGCUGUGGGUGCCCAACAACUUCGCCAUACACACAUUCCGCAUUGUGAUGAUAUCAAUACAGCCGCAGUACUCGUACACCGUGGUGGAGACGCUCAUGCAGCAUUUGGACUGCAACUUCAAGUCGUCGCCGAAGACACGCACCUCGCUGGCGGUGGUGCUGUCGAAGAUAAUUGCGAUUGCGGCGGGCGAGAGCGUAGGUCCAUCAGCUUUGGAUAUUAUCAACAAUCUGCUGACCCAUCUGCGCACAAGCGUCAGCACAACGACCGAGAUAACGCCUGAAGAGUCGCAGUACCAAGAGGCGCUUAUCAAUGCGCUCGGCGAGUUCGCCAACCAUCAUCCGGACUAUCAGAAGAUAGAAAUCAUGUUGUUUAUCAUGAACACGGUGCCCGAUCUGUCCAAGAAGAGCAAGAGCGAUCAGAUGCUGCAGAACAUAUUGCUCAAGUCACUGCUCAAAGUGGGAAACCAGUACAGCACAGUAUCCUUCGAGAAAGCCUUUCCCGCCUCGUUUUUGCAACCGCUGUUACGAAUGGCGCGCGCUCCACACGAUCCCACGCGCAUGAUUGUCAUGCAGAUCUUCCAGGCGCUGCUUGAUCGCCACCAAAACGAGAAGGUGCUCAGCACCGUAAGCGUAAAGCCGUAUCCGGCUCUGUCCCAGGAGCCGCCAUCGCGCUCUGAUAUAAUUUUCACGCACAAAUAUGGCGCAAACAUCAUGCAGGCGCUCAUCGAUAGCAUGGCGCUGUCGGAUCGCGUCGAUGCCUUGACAGCUAGUUACAAUACAGCUGCUCUGCUCAUUGUGGAGAUGUCGUGCAGCGAAACAGUGCAGGAGUUCUUGCUGUUCAUAUUGGGCAUACAGCAAGUGGCCAGCACUGUCGAGACCUUGGGCGCUGUGCACAGAUGCAAUCUACACGCCAUAUCCAUUGGGCUGCUGGUGCUCAUUUCACGCGUCAGCGGCAUCAAUAAUUUGCUGGAAUACGCGCAAAAGAUUGUUGAGGCGCGCCGCGAAGAAGCAGCCUACUAUUUGCCGCCUUUGAUGGAACCCAAAAAGGUGUCCACGAAGAAUCUAAACCUGUCUUUACCACAUCUGGCUAUCGAUAAGUUGGCGCUGGGCGAAUGCAUGCAGAAUGCGGGCAUGGAUGCGCAACGACUCAAUACCGGUGCACCUUAUUCGCUCAACCAGGCCGACAAUCCGGGCCAUCGUCACUCCUGGGUGGAGUCGGCUAGCACGCACAUGACGCAGCGCAAUAGCUCCGCCGAUCUGACCCUAUAUAAUGGUGAUGUGGACAGCGUUAACAGCUCACCGGGCGUAUGCAAAAAAAUCUUAGCACCAGAGUUUAACUUUGAUGCAAUGAAACGCGCCCUGGCCGAACCGACGGAGGCGGCAAAACGGGAGCAGCGCGAACGACAAAUGCAAAUUGUGCGCACCUUCCGCGAGGGCGAGUUCGACGAUUUGGUGCGCCGCACCGAACCGAAGCAUGAUCUCAUUCAAAACCGUCUGAAUGAACUCUUCAACUCGCUGGCCGUGGAACGUCAGAUUACGCUGAGCGACAAUAAGACAGCCCCACUGCAGGCCAACAAUGAGAAACCCGUCUACGAGACGAAAUUCCCAGAGCUGUUCUACUACUAAAACAUAUAUUAUUUGCAGUAACCUGGUCACGGAAACCGUACGUAGUAUCUAUAGUAUAUAAUAGCGAAAUUGUUUGUAUAUUACGGGCAGGGUAUAGAUAUUUUGACCUGGUCAAUUUAAACUUAAAUUUUUGUUAUUACAAUCUAAUACUUGUUUAAGAUAAAUAUAAACGGUAUGCUUAUAUUUGAAUAUAUAUGCUUAUA